CCCCCGCCGCCCCCCGGCAGACCCCCUCCCAACCCCGCCCUCGGCCGGAGCCGGAGCCCCGCAGCCGCGGCUGCCCGAGCCAGAGCGCUCCGCUUCCAAGCUGCUCGCUGCGCUCUCCGCUCUCAGUCCCGCCGCGGCGGGGCCGGCGUCAGCGCCCGCCGGCUGCAGGUGUCCGCGCCAUGGAGCGGCCCUCGGGGAAGGAGCUCGCCCUGGCGCCGCUGCAAGAGUGGGGCGAAGAGGAGGUGGACGGAGCCGUAUACAGUGUCACCCUGCGGAGGCAGCGCAGCCAGCGGCCCGGCCCGAGUCGGGGCCCCGGGAGGGGGCGGGGCCAGGCUCCGGAUGCCGGGCGUUCUGAAGAUUUCGUACUUCGCACCUGCAGUCUGCACUGCGCGCGGCGCCCUGGAGGGUUGGUGCUGAGUGGUGCGGGGAUCCGAACAGACCGCCUUGUUCCCGCCUUCCGGCUACGCACGGGCUCUGUCCCUACGAGCUUGUGCUGGUCCUGUGCGCGGCCCCACGCCCCAAGGUUAGUGAGGGAAGGACCCGAGGAGCAAGGGCAAGGACGCUUGGAUCUGAGCCAGGAGCAGGAGUCCAGGGUCCGUGGCCAGAUGAUAAGAAGGGCCUCAGAGAUGUGUCUGAGGCCAGACUUUGGCUGCAGGGCUUUGGUGUCGGUGCUGGGCUCCUGGCUGCUGGAUCACCCCCAGGACUUCCAAGAUCCGCCUGCCCACCGCAGCCUGGUCCAGGUCUGUGCCUUUCUGAGCUGGGCUGCCCCGGGGGGGCCAGAAAGCCGAGAUGCUGAAAGGCUGCUGAAGCACUUCCAAGAGGAGGAAAGAGAGGAGGGGGCCAAGAAGCUCCAGGAGGAGGAAGAGGGGGCCAAGGAGGCCCCAGAGGUGCCAGAACCCUCCCACUAUGGGUCUUCAGGCCCAGAAAAUCCCCUGGAAGAGGAAGAAGAACAUGUAAAGAAGGGCCCAGAGCUACUGGAUUUCAGUGUGGAUGAGGUAGCUGAGCAACUGACCCUGAUGGACAUGGAACUUUUUUCUCGAGUAUGCCUUUGGGAGUGCCUGGGUUCUGUGUGGUCUCACAGGGAUAAAGCAGGGGGCCACGGGACUGCCCCCUCUGUCCGAGCCACUGUGGCCCAGUUCAAUGCAGUAACCAGUUGUGUCCUGAGCUCUGUGCUGGCAGGACCAGGACUGUCCCCACCCCAUCGGGCCCAACGCCUGGAGAAGUGGAUUUUCAUUGCUCAGCACUGUAGGAAGUUGAGAAACUUUUCGUCCCUCAGGGCUAUUCUUUCAGCCCUGCAGUCCAAUCCAAUAUACAGACUCAAGAGGAGUUGGGCGGCUGUGAGCCGGGAACCUCUGUCCAUAUACCGGAAACUCUCCAAUAUUUUCUCUGAUGAGAACAAUCACCUUAACAGCCGAGAGAUUCUCUCCCAGGAAGAAGCCCCCUUAUCCUCCCCUGAAGAGGAGACCGCUCUAGGAGUCCUUCCAUUGAAAGUGCCCCCUGGUCCUAUCCCCUACCUGGGCACCUUCCUUACUGACCUUGUCAUGCUGGACACAGCUCUGCCUGACCUAUUGGAGGGAGAUCUUAUCAACUUUGAGAAACGUCGUAAGGAGUGGGAGAUCCUGUCCCGGAUCCAGCAUCUCCAGCGUCGCUGUGGGAGCUACAGCCUGCCGUCGAGGCCACCUGUUCUUGCCGCCUUCCGUGCCCAGCGCCCGCUCAGUGAGGAGCAGAGUUACCGCCUGUCCCGGGUUAUUGAGCCCCCAGCUGCCUCCUGUCCCAGCUCCCCCAGAAUCCGGAGAAGGAUAAGUCUCACUAAGAGGCUUAGCGCGAAGCUGUCUCGGGAACGGGGCUCCUCUCCCAGCCACCAGUCUGCGGACCCCCCCUCUCCCAGCCCCAGUCUCUCUUCAGGUUCCUACCCACCAAGCCCUGGAGAUGGGGAUCCCCUGACCCUGAGUCCUCCUUCAUCCCCAGGGGCAACUGGUCCUGGCCACAAGGGCGCCCUGGAACUGCCUCUGGGGAUGGAAGCUCCAGAGCCGCCGCAGGCCCCGGCCUCCCCUGGGAGCCCUGUUCGAGCUCCCCACCCAGGGCAGCAGCCCCCAGAGGCCUGUGUCAUCAGAGUCAGCAUUGACCACGACCCUGGGAACCUCUAUCGGAGCAUCUUGCUCACCAGCCAGGACAAAGUUCCAGGGGUAGUUCUGCGAGCCCUACAGAAGCUGCACCUCGAGCAGCCACAGCCCCGUGACUAUCAGCUGUUCCAGGUCCUGCCUGGGGACCGGGAGCUCCUGAUCCCAGACAACGCCAAUGUGUUCUAUGCCAUGAGCCCAGCCAGCCCCGGGGAUUUCGUGCUGCGGAGGAAGGAGGGAGCUCGUUCCCCACCCUGAUGGCUGGGGGGCCCAGGCUUGGACCUUUCCGAGAGAGAGCCUGGGCCGUCCCACGGGGGUGUCUGGCCGGGCUGAGGCACCGAUCCCAACAUGAUCCCUGGUGUCCCCGGACCUUUGUCUCCGUGUCCUCUCUGGGGAACCACAGGACAAGUGGAGGGGAAGGGGAUUGGUGGGAUGCGUAGGCCCUCAGUCUGGCCACUAGAUGGCAGGUUGUCUGGGGUUGGGCAGCGUGGGACCAGUGCAGAUUGGGACCCAGACCUCAUUUGGGGGUGGGAAGGGCAGGGGUCUUAUCUGGGAUUGCCCGGCACCUAUUUUUGUAGGGUUUGUUUCUGCUUUCAUCUUCUUUACGAUCCCAUUAGGUCCACAGAUCCCUUCUAAUCCCAGUCCCUUGCAGAAAAAGACAAGAUUGGGGUUGGUUUAGAAAAUCAGCUAGAGGAGACAGGAUUAGAAGUCAGAAGCUGAGGGCCAGCUAGGUGCCGUGGAUAGAGCACCAGCCCUGAAGUUGGAGGACCCGAGAUCAAAUUUGAUCUCAGACACUUCACACUUCCUGGCUGUGUGAGCCUGGGCAAGUCACUUAAUCCCAAUUCCCUCAAAAAAAAAAAAGAAAAGAAAAGAAAGAAAGAAAAAAGAAGCCAGAAGCCGCUGUUUGGUUCCCCUGCCCUCCCAGCUAACCUUCCAGCCUAACUCAGGAGCCCGGCUCCAGAGUUCUGUCCCCAGAGACGAUUGACUCAAAGGUUCCCACUGCAAAGAGCUUUAGGGGCAAUGUGUCUCAGAGCAAGAAUGUCUUCUAUAAUGUUCCUGAAAUGUGAUCAGCCUUGCCUGGGAACCCUCCCACCCCACCUCCUCCUUCAAAGCCUCUGUUUUUUGUUCUUGAUCUAAUUUGGGGCUAUUUUUCUUUACAUUAAUUUAAAAUCUGCCUUUCUGCACCUUCUGUCAUUCCAAAAUUUGCCUUUGGGCCAAGCAGAGCAUGUCUAAUCUUGCCAUGUGCCAGCCUUUUUAGUCGAAAUGAAGUAUGUGGUGAUCAUGUGCCUCCUAAAUUUUCUCUUUGGUAGGAUAAACCUCCCCAGUUCCUUCCCAUACCUCCUGGACCCAUCCCCGGGUCACCCUCCAGGAUGCCCUUGACCUUGUCAGGGGCUUUUUUCCCUCUUCUCUUCCCUACCUCAGACAAACAUCCCUGGCCUCAGUUCCCUCAUUUAUGAAAUGUUGGUGUAGGUGAUUUCCCACGUGUCUGCCAGCUCAAAAUCUACGACCCUAGGGGUGACCCAGAACUGAAAGCAAUACCCCACCUGGCAGCUGUCUAGAGCCUUUGAUUAAGGUGCUAUUUACUGGGUUCUAAAUCUCACACAAUAAUUGUUCUCCAUUUCAACUCACCACAGCAUUUUCUCCCAUCCUCUAUGGGAUGGGAACAAACCCAGAACCAAUGUGAUCCACCUUUUCCACAUUUUUCCCCUGGAGACUGAAUCUCCUUGUCUCACUCAGGCUAUGUUUACAGUAGCUACACAUAGGCCAGAUUCCCCUGCUGUGAUUGGUAAAGAAGCUUUGACCUAUUUUUAUUUGUGACCUGAGCCAGAACUUCAGGCAGCUCGGUGCCAACAACACCUCCCAAACACAUGCUCCUGGGGCUUUCCAUACUAGUAACAAGCAGGACUGAUCCCAGGUUGGCGUUAGCCCCCUGGAGCCCCCUAGCUCAAGCAAUCCCCUAGUCUUAGGCUUCCUACCUUCGGAAGCCUGAGUGAUCUACCCACCAUCUCUUCAGGACCAUGCCAUGAGACAGAAUAGGAUGUCCAUUACCAGGGAUAUUCAGAUCACUGUGAUAAUCCAGGGCUCUGGAUCCAUGUCUCUGUGCUCCCGAGGCCCAUCUGGAUUCCAACUCAAACAUUAAGGGGCUGUUUGGGAGGCUGUGAUACAAAGCUGGAUGAUACAGCAUAGACCAUACUCUCAAAAAACUUACAAUCUAAAGGAGAGAAGAACAGUAACUUAGCAUAGGAAGGAAAUAAAGUGCCUGAGACAUUGUGGACAGUAGAAAGGGAGUGGAAAUCAGCAGAGGCCUAAUUCAAAACUUAACCUAUAAUAUCAAAUAACUAGCUUUAAGUUCUUUAAGCCUCAGCUCAUUUGUAAAAUGAGAAUAUUUGUACAUCUAGAAGCCAUGUGGUGCAAUGGAUAGCAAUAUAGCUAUGGAGCCAGGAAAUAUGGCUUCCAGGCUUGCUUCUUGAUCCUUGCAAGCUGAGUGACUGAGGAUAUUCCUCAACCUCCCUCUCAGUGCCCACCGAAUUAAAAAAAUGCUAACAUGCAACAAUAGAUGCAUUCCCCCUACCAAAAAACUCAUGGAGAUAACUUCAAGAAGUGGAGUAAAUUUGUCAUGAGAUAUAUGAGGGAGAGAUUAUUGGAAGAGAGAAAGAACUAUGGAGGAGUUGGCAUUUGGGCUUGGUUUUGAAGGAAGAAAAGAGAACUGAUGUGGGAAGCUCCUUCCUCAUAAGGGACACUGGGUGGUACAGCGGGCAGAACACCCAGCUUGAACUCGGGGAGACCCGAGUUCAAAUUUAGUUUCUGACUCUUUACUAGCUGUGUAGCCCUGAGAAAAUCACCUCCAUUUCCUCAUCUGUAAAUUGGGGAUCUUAAGAGUACUUACCUCAGGGUAGGUCCAAAUGAGAUAAUUGUAAAGUGUCUAUUGCCUUGCCUGCCAUCUAGUAAGCCCUAUAGAAAUAUGAACUAUUACAAUUCAUUUUGGCUGAGUGAAAGGGAGGAAUGUACAAUAGGGCUGGAAAGGGAGUAUGAAGCAAAAUAACUGAAUAUCAAGACUGGGAACUUGUACUUUAUUUAGGAGGAAACAAAGUAGAAUUAAGACAGUCAUAGAAAUUAAGUGGUACAGUGGAUAGAAUGCCAGGCCCGGAGUCAGGAAGACCUCCUGAUACUCUUGCCUCAGACAUGAUAUAUAACCCUAAGCAAGUCACCUCCCUUUCGUCUUAGUGCAUUUUUCAUUUCACAGAUGAAAAAUGUGGUGCUUCUCUCUUCUCUCUCCAACCAUUCACUACCCAAGUAACUCCUGACAUCAUGAUAGGUAGCACAUAGCACUUUAAGGUUUGUAAAUCACUUUCCAAAUAUCUCACUUUUUCUUCACAACCAUCCUAGGAGAUAGAUGCUACUGAGGGAAGAGAGGGGCAACCACUUCAGUAAUAAAGACAAGAUAAGACCUGAACCCUAUAGGGCAGAGGCAGCAGGAGCUGAGAGAUUAUCACAACCAUAGGGACAGCAGGACUCAUGAAAGGGGAAGGAGAUGAGGGAGAACACUAGCUCCCAUAUCUAUAGAAUUUUACAGUUUGAACAAUGCUUUCCUCACCAAGGUAGGCAGCACAAACAUUAUUCUGCCUUUAAAAAAAAUUUUAAUAGCCAAAGAAACUUGAGUUUAGCACUACUUGCCCAAAGCCAUACCCACACUGGUAUUAAGUGGCAGUGGGAUUGAAACUCCAUCUGCUGCCUCCAGAUUCAGGGUUCUUUCCACCACCACCAGCCCAUUUAGUGCUCUUUCUACUUCCUGUCAAAAAAAUCAAGAAUGCUUAUUUUUAAAUGGGCAAGGAGAAGAUAACAGAGAGUGUGUUCCUCAAACUACACUCUAGGAGGGCUCCUUUAUACUAUGGUGUCCAGGAGGCUCACAGCUUGCCCCCUCCUCUGAACAACUGGGAGAGAUGAAAGAAGUCAUUGGGGUUGUAAUCAGAGGUAGUGUCUCCAGGUUUUGGAAAGUGAUGAUAGUCCUUUGUACUGGGAUCAGUUCUGGUUGCACCAUUUGGGGAAUAAUACUAAGUUGGAGUCCAUUCCAGGGAAGUGAAAAGUUUAAGAUCACAUGGGUUAAGUACCUGUUGAAGGAACUGAGUCUGUGUGCUCUAGUAAAAGAAGUUGCAGGGAGGAUAUAACUAUCUUCAAGCAUCUGAAGUCUCAUGUGGAAGAAGGAUUACAUUUGUUUUAUGAGGCCCCAAAAAGCAGAAUUAGGAAGGGGGAGGGAAUUGCUGCAGUAUAGAUUUAGGCUUGAUAUAAAGAAAAGCUUUCUCACAAUUAGCAAUGAACUACUUCAAAGAGAAAUGGACUACUUCAGGAAACAUGCAACAAUAACAUGCAAGACAAUAGCUCUGAAUUUAUCUAACAGUACUAUUCAUAUUCACCUCAUUUAAAUUCCAGUUCUUGGAACUGGCUUGCCUCAUUAGUGAUCUUCCGACAAAGGAUGGAUGGCCUCUUGUGGGAUAUGUAUGUCCAGCUAGGUGUUAGGUUAGAUUAACCAAGAACUCCCACUGCAUCUAGGGCCAUCUCCAGUCCUCCUGAUCUGUAUCAUGCCACUGAUCCAGAUGGCUCUGGAAGAGAAAGGGAGGCUGAUGACUCUGCAUAGCCCACUCUCACUUAAAUCCCACUCUCUGGCAUAUCAUGGCAUCACAUACUUAAUGUCAUGGACCUCUUUGAGAACAAAGGACAACUGAUUAGAUGGCUUCUGAUUUCCUUUUCAGCUCAGGUUUCCUGAUUCUGGCCAGCUGGGGAUAAUUGCUUGAGCUGCUUUUGGUGCUCCAAUCUGCUUGGCUGUGGAUACAGAAGGAGGGAGGCCUCAAUUAGGCUGUAGGGUAUAGCAAUCCCUCUUGGGGAAGGAUGGGAUAUAUACCUUCCUGAACUAGGCUAAUGGGAAGAAAGCAUAGCAUCUUCUAUUCUAGGGAGGCCCAUGAUUUCUACAUUCUAACAUAGGAAGGUCAUGUUCUCCCACUAGAACUGGAAUUUAAAUGAGGUGAAUAUGAAUAGUACUGUUAGAUAAAUUCAGAGCUAUUGUCUGGAUAAACCCAUAGAGUAGUUAUUAAUGGCACCAUCUCAACUUGUCUCACUGAAGUACCCCCAGGAAGCUGUAUUUGACCCUGGCCUUUUUAAUUACUGGCUUAGAUAAAGCAGUGGGUGGCAUAUUUUUCUAAUUUACAGAUGACACAAAUCUUGGAAAGAGAGUUAAUACACCAGAUGAUAUAAUCAGAAUCCAAAAAGAUCCUUCCUGACUAGAACAUUGGGCUGAAUAAGGUGAAAUUUAAUGGGGAAUAAAUAUCUUAGAAUAAACAAGCAUCCUAUAAGUUCAAAAAGAAUUCACGGUUGGACAAUUUAUAUGAAAAAUGUCUGAUGAUCUUGGUGGACUGUAAGCCCAAUAUGAAUAUCUGUGAGGAGACAGCAUAAAGGAGCAUUUCAGUGUUGGGCUGUAUUGAGAGAUAAAGACUUGCAUUAAUAAGGCCAUCAUGGUCCUUCUGCCCCAAAAUGAAUAUAUCUCAUAUUCAAUUCUGGGCAUUAUAUUAUAGAAAAGACCCAAGAUGGAAAGCAUCCACAGGAAGGCAACCAUAGUCUUCAUCAAUUGUUUAAUGAAAACCCAUUUAUGUAGAGCUUGAUUGCUGGCAAACUCUGGGAUGGGCUCUAAUUACUGGACCUCUGGGGCUCCCUCUUCUAACUUUUUAAAGCUCAUAAGUACAUGACUGUCUUUACUAUGCCCUCACCUGUUUUUUCAGGAAAGAAUAGAAAGGAAAAAUAUCUGUCAUGCUCAUGACCAUGUGUUGACCUGGGUGUGGUAAGGAGGCUGCCGAUACCACUUCUCUCGCUCUCCAUGCAGAGGCUUACCAGAAGUCUUUACUUUAACCCCUGCCAGAAAGAAAUCAUUUUGAUUUAUUAGUGUAUUUUGUACUAAUUCUCAUUUCUUGCCAAGGAGCUAAUAAAAUUUUUCUCACCAUCCAGUAAGGGAACAACAGUAAAUGGACAGGAAAUACCCAUAUGUACUCUGAAGCAGAGAAUUGGGCCCCUUCAUUCCACAUUAUCACUAACUUACAGAAGCAGGCUCACAACAUCAACCUGAGAAAUUGCAUCAGACAGAGGAGAUUGCUCAUGUGCCCAAGGACUGGACUGGUAGUGGUAGUCUUUUUACAUGUGAAAACAAACUUUCCUAACCAUUAGAGCUAUCCAAAAGUGAAUGGGUCCAAAGCCACACUCUAAUAGAUAAAUAUUCAAGGGAUACAAAUAAUUUUCAAAAUAAUUGUCAAGUGUUAGCAAACUUGUAUCUUGUGAUACAAAGUAUCUUGUGAUGCACUAAUAUGAGAAAUACAAAUUAAAGCAUUUUAGAGAUUUCAGCUCCCACCUAGAAAAUCAGAAGAGGUGCCAAAAGAGGAGCUCACUCAGUGCUGGGUGAUUGGAAAGCAAAUUGGGAUUAAUGCAAAUAAAAUCAUUUAAAUACACACAACUCAAAGUGAAUUCACUUUCAAUUUGUAUCCCACUGACCAAGAUGGGACAAGGUGGGUUCACGAUUUCAGAAGUUUUGGUAAUCAGUGAUAUUGAGAUCUAAAUACUAACUUGAUCCUCCUUUGCCUUUAUGACUUCUGACCUGUGGAGGUAGGUAAAGCAUACACAGACAGGUGAAUGGGGGAAGUCUUCAUGGGAGUUGUAUUUGAAUUGGGCUAGAAAUUCAAAAUGUUAAAAGAGGAAGAACAUUUCAUGCAGAAAGACGCAGCCAAUAGAAAGAAUAUAGAGGAUAGUCCAAUUACAACAUGAGGUUGGAAAGGAAGGGCAGAAAUCAGAAUGUGUAGAGCCUUGAAUGCCAUUUUAGUUAUCUUGUGCAAAGUAACAUGAUCAGCUCUAUGCAUAAGGACUUCUGCUAUUGGUAUAAAGAAUUGGAGGAAAAGAGAGAAGGUAGGAAGGAAGUAGUGAUGGCAGAGAGGGGACCACAUUGAGGGGAAGAUAAUUAGUAGUUUGGGACAUGUUGAGUUUGAAGUUACUCGUGGAUCAAUCAAGGGAAUUGAUGUGAGAGCCACUGACUAAGGUCUAGAGCACAGAAAAGUCAGAGAGAAUUAUUUAGAGGUAUCUGAAACAUUAAGUGAAAAUGAUUGCAUCAUAUCAAUGAGAUUGACUAAUAUGGCAGAAAAAAUGACAUGUUGGAGGGGAUGUGGAAAAAUUGGGACAUUAAUGCAGUGUUGGUGGAGUUAUGAACUGAUCCAAUCAUUCUAGAGAGCAAUUUAGAACUAUUUAUAUAGCUAUAUUUAUUACUAAUAGAUACAAUCUCAAAGAGAUUGAAAACGAAGGAAAAGGACCAAUUUACACAAAAAUAUUAAAGCAGCUCUUCUGGUGGCCAAAAAUUGGAAAUUGAGAAGUUAUCCAUCAAUUGAGGUGUUAGAAUUCUUAUAAGGUGCUAAGACAGUGGGAUUGAUAGAGACAAUUAUUAUCUAAUUUAGCAUGGUACUUAACAGUUCUCUAGUUCACUAAUGUACCUAAAUACUUAUUAGAGUUCCACAAGAUUCACACCUUUAAGAGAGCAAAUAUAAGGAGAAGCCCACAAAAGACAAGCCCAUUCUCGGAGGAGACAGAUUCAUUCCAUCUUCCACCUUUGUGCUGGCUGGAGGCUGAAGCUGGCAGAGGC